AUGGCUCGAUAUCAACGAAGCAGAUUUUUUGCUCGUAGACAAGGCCGCAUUACUCGUCAAACCAAAAAUUUAGAAGAAUGUGUUAAUGCCCUUGAUCUUGAAAACCACCAACUAGAAAUGCAAAACAUCCAAAUCGAAGAACGAAUCAGAACAACCUCACGAGAAAUUCAUCAAUUAAGAAGAGAGCUAGAAUUACAAAGAGAAGUUACCAUGUCUUGGAGGAGAAGAUUUAAUCGAGCAAGAAGAGAUGCAAUUAAUUUGAGAAGGGAGAAUAAUCAAAUACAAGGAGAUUUGGAUGAAGAAAAUAGAAUAUGUUGGAAUUUGCGCGAAGAGGUUUCAAGACUACAGCGAGAUAUUGAUAGGCUAGAAGGACAUUAUGUUAAUUUUAAUAGGGGAGGUUGGACAAGUGAAUAA